UCUGGUGUCGGGAUUAUGAGCUGAUUUUAUGAAGGUUUAAGAAUGAUCGCUUUAUUGCAGAGAGGACACUCGAAUCAAGCUUUUUUUGUUAUGUGAUGAUACUUAAUUAUUUGCCACUUGGAUGCCAGAUGAGCUUAUCCUGCGCCGUCCACCUUGUUAACCUCCUCCAUAUAUUACUACUUCCAAGCAAGACCCUUUUUGGGAACCAGGAAAAAAGAAUCUUUUUUUUUUUGGGGGGUGUUUAUAGAACUCAAUUAUUUACGUCUAUAAUCUAUAAAAAAAAAGGGAUAAUUUGUCUGUUUUAAGACUUGAAAAGAGUUGAUAAAUCUCGUGAUCAAAGGCCAAACAGAUCAUAAUCAGAGGCUGCUUCUACUGGUUGUCGGGUCUUCACACUUUGCUCAGAGAAAACUCUGUUUUUGAAUCUGAUUCCUUGGCCUUGUUUGAGUUUCUUGUUUCUCUGGAAAAAGGGGAUGGAGGAGUACAAGGAGAUGAAAGUGCUUGGUUCGGGUAACUUUGGAGUGACGAAGCUUGCCCAGCACAAGCUCACCAAGGAACUUGUCGCCAUCAAGUACAUUGAACGUGGCAACAAGAUAGAGGCGAAUGUGCAGCGUGAGAUAAUCAACCACCGGUCUCUGGUGCAUGAGAAUAUUAUAAAGUUUACAAAGGUGUUCUUGACGCCGACCCACUUAGCCAUUGUCAUGGAAUACGCCGCCGGUGGUGAACUUUUCGACCGUAUCUGCACUGCCGGCCGCUUCAGCGAAGACGAGGCUAGAUAUUUUUUCCGACAGCUUAUAUCUGGAGUCAGUUAUUGCCACUUAAAGGAAAUUUGCCACAGGGACUUGAAAUCGGAGAAUAUUCUGUUGGACGGGAGCCCCAACCCUCGUCUCAAAAUCUCCGACUUUGGUUACUCUAAGUCUGGUUUGCUGCAUUCGAAACCGAACUCAGCGGUCGGGACACCAGCUUACGUGGCUCCCGAAGUCCUGUCCCGAAAAGAAUACGAUGGGAAGGUGGCGGAUGUGUGGUCGUGUGGCGUGACAUUGUACGUAAUGUUGGUCGGAGCAUAUCCAUUCGAGGACGCUGAGGAGCCGAGAAACUUCUGCAAAACCAUAAAGAGGAUAAUGGCUGUCCAAUAUUCCAUACCCGAUUACAUUCGUGUUUCAACGGAAUGCAAACACUUGCUCUCUCGCAUUCUCGUCCUUAAUCCAUCCAAGAGGAUCACGAUACCGGAGAUAAAGAAGCAUGCAUGGUUUGUGAAAGGAUUGCCGAAACAGCUAAUGGAGUUUGACGAGAAAAUCAACAUUAAUGGUGGAUCGGUGGACGAGGAAACCGUUCAGUCGGUCGAUGAGAUUAUGCGUAUAAUACAAGAAGCUCAGUCUCCUGCCCUCGCCGAUGAUUAGUGGUUUUUAAUUAUACAAUAAUAACCGAAAUUACUCUUCUUUUUUAAUCCGAAAAUAAAUUUUUAUUCUCAACUUGUAAAGUUUAUUUGAAAAUUCAAUAUAUGGAUAACUAAUUAUCCUAAACGUUUUUUGCA